UAGCAACAAAACAGAUUUCAUUCCUUAAAAUGAUUUUGCCAGAUGGAAGAAAAUAAUAAGAGCCUUGUCCCAGUCUCUAGACCUGCCUGUCUGUGUGAUGGAUGACCACCUGACCUCUGAAGCUGUCAAUGAGAUGGAGCAGAGCAAUUGUACCAGGAGCAGAGCAACCUCAGUGAUGGAAACCACAGAAGAGGGGAAGCUCAACAAUGUGGAACAUCUGACACUUAUGGACUUCCUUCAAAACCUAACUGAGAAGCAAUGGAGGGGGAUUCGUGAGGGUAUGUUUGACCCGCUGACAAAACAACAGCUUGCCGGCUUGUGUCUGAGGAUUGUCCAGUUUUUAUCGGACAAGCUGAUGCAGAUCAUCAUCCCAGGUCUUUACGAACUACUGGGCAUCCAAGAUGCUGCCUCCUCUCCAUUGUCACAGAGAUCUCUCACAGCGUCACUCACCAGUCUGUUAGACGAUAAGGUUAACACCAAGUCCCGCGUGAGAUUUACUGAGGCUGGUGUACCUAAGAGGCCAGGCAGUCGAAAGUCUUACAAUAGCUUUCGCAUCCCGACUCCCUACCCUUCCUCCAACUGUAUGGAUCAGGAAGAGGAAGAGGAAGAAGUGCAGGAAUCACAACUUAAGUUCAAGGAGAUUUACCUGACUAAGGGCAGUCUGGGCAGUGGAAGCUACCUGCCCAAGGGGGCCAUGAGGACUCUAACCUCUCUGUCUGAUGUGCAGAAGAAAACAACCAACUCUGAGACGCUACAAGUCCUCUUAGGUGUCUCAGAGGACACCCUUGUCACCUGUGUACAGGACAGCCUGCAAGGUUCUCUCUCCAAACUUGCAUGCAUGUCCAAUUCUCCAUCUGGAAGUGCAGGCUCUAUGAUGCUAACCCCUGCUGUAAUGGCAGAGUUGGCUAAAGAUGUCAAGUCGGCCUUAUCAGUGGUCGUUAAGAGUGCCUCCGCUAGCCAAACCUCUGUAGUGACACCGGUAAGGGGAGACUCACAGACCAAGGUGACUGAGAGCAUGGUGAGAGAGCUGGCUGCUAAACUUGAAAAAGUUGACCAAGAGAGCAAGAGUAUAACAGGGCAAGUCAUGACCAUGAUCUCUGACACAAUGGUGGCUUUUGUUGACGAGAACAAACAAAAUUUGCUGGAAGAUCUGAAGGACAAGAUCACGUUUUUGGCAUCGCAUGUUGGCUUCAUUGAGGAUCUUGAUGCCCUGAUAAGCAAAUACGAGAGCAGCUACAAUAUUAGUGAAUCUGGUUCCUCCUGCACGCUCACAUCUAAGAGCAUCCAAAAACUCUCUAGCCGGGAGUUUCAAACAUCAGCAAUACAAGCAGUGAGUGGAGUUCUUGACAAAAAAGUCAGUAGUUUGAGCUUUCCUAGUUCAGUCAUUCAGUCUGAGUUAACAGGUGCUGUAUCAGGUCAAACAUUGUCUGGCAUUGUAAAGACAGAGUCAAUUCACCCAGUGGGCUCAGCAGCGUCAGUAGUUGUUAAGACUUUCGUGUCAGAUAUGAAGUCCUUGGCUGAAUCUGAAGAGAGUCCCCAACAGAAGAGUGCCUGGUCUGCUGCUGUUCACAUUUACCACAGCAUCCAAAACAACUUGAAAGAUUAUUUCAGCAAGCUUCAGCGAUGUGCCUUAAAGAGCAUUGUCACAUCUGAUGACAACAUCACAAAUGCUGAGUUUAAGGAGACAGUUCCACUUCCUUGCUUAAACAUGAAAUAUAGGCCCAGUAAGAGUGAGCCUCAGUUGCCAGAGUCCACUGGUGCAGUUACUUUACAAAGAGGCCUAAGUGAGAGCUCAAAACUUAUUUGGGCAAAAACUGAGUCAGAAGAAAGCAAGCUCCUUCUGACAACUUGCACCAAAGAAGUCAUCUCAGAGCUUCUGGUCUUGUACAAGACUGCAAUGUCAAAGGAGGACGCCCUGUACACUGUUGGAGAAAAAGGAUCAGGCUUCUCUAUUGAGAGAGAGAAAUUUGUAGAGGGUGUUCUGGCUCAGCUUGGGGAUAUUGCCCAUUCCAGGGCCUCAUCACCAAUAGUAUGUGAGUUCCCCUGUCAAAUUGAGGACAGCAGAAGUAAGGCCACAGCUUCUUUGACCAGUCUGUUAGAUUGUAUUAGAAAACUCUCAAGUGAGGAAUUUAAGAGAAAUGCCACUCAAGCAGUGAGUGAGUUCCUAGUUAAAAAGUCCACCAGUAGCUUAACUAGUGCACAGCCUGCUUAUUCUGUAGCAUCCAGGUCUUGUUCCAUUCAAAACCAGUACACAUGGUCAAAGGAUAUUUGUGCGGAUUCUGCUGCCUUUGGCAUCAUUGAAACAUUUGUGGAAGACCUGCAGAGCUCGGCGCAACCUGCAGAAGUAGAGGAGAGAGAACCUGACCUCCAGGAAAAUGCACAAAAGCUACAGAGCAGGAUCUGGUCUGCUACCACUAGUUUAUAUAACAAUAUUCAGAAGACAUUAAAGGACUUCAUCAUUCAUCAGCGGAGGUCAGACAUGCUGAGCAGAAUGUCUAGUCAUAUACCCACAGAGGACUCUGGACAUCUUGGGACUAAGGAGCACAUUUGUUUGGCAAGCCAGGACUUGAGGCAAGCUAGUAAGAGUGUGCCUCACUUUCACAGUUUGAACCUUGAAGUGGCUCUACACAGGGGUGUCAGCGAGUGUUCAAAACUUCUCUGGACUGAAACAGACGAGGCUCUACUGACCAAUAGUACCAAAGAGGUCAUUUCAAAAAUCUUGACCUCAUGCGAGGAUCAGGCAUCAAAUGCACCUUGCUUCUCCACAGUAGGAAAGAAAAUAUCUGAUAUGUCCCUUGAGGUCAACAUGUUGGUAGGUGGUGUUCUGUCUCAGCUGAAGGACAUCUCCUUGUCAAGGUCCCCAACACCAUGUGAAGACAUGUUUGAACGUCUCCAAGGUUCUCCUGAGCGAACCUCUCCAGUAAGUCUAGAUUGCAGCACGGCUGCCUCCAAAGGCAUUGCAUCUUCCCACAGUCUUUCAACAAAGAGCCUCCAAAAACGUUCUAGUCAUGAGUUCCAAACCAAAGCUGAGAAAGGAGUGAGUGAGGUAAUCUCUAGAUCAUUUAACAUUGCGGAGGAAGGUACAACAGAUAAGUACCUCCAGUCUGUAUCUACAUCCACCACAUCUACUGAUAUUAUACAAACCAUGGUGAAAGACCAGCAGGAGCUCACCCAGACCACCCAAUCAUCUGACAUGGUAUCUGGAACCUCCCUGCUCACCACUGGACAGGUUUCUGAGAAAAGAAUCUGGUCUGUUGCUCGUAACAUCUACUACAGUCUGCAAAUCCAGAACGAUCCAAAGACUUCUACUUGCAUGGUCAUUCUUCAAAUGAUCACCAAAGCCACUGCUAAAUGUUAUUUUGAGUCCGCUACCAGCGUGGCCACCAGUGACAUUGUAGAAGGCGUGUUUGAUUUGGAAAGGGAUACCAUCAGCAGUACUGGAGAGCAGGUCCUCACCUUUAACACAAAGGGUUCCAAGAAAGUUAGAAAGGACCACUGUCCUCAAGAGUCUCUGGAGUACCAGCCUCAGAACAUUUCCCCUACUGUGUACUUUACAGAGUGUCUGAUAAAUUAG